AGAGCUUAUGUGGGACUCCUCCUCCGCCAUGUUUGAGUGUAAACAUCCUGCUGAUUUAAAAGGACGCCACUGAGCGGGAGGAAGGCAACUGGCGCCAUCUUGGCUCUUUUAAUGAGUACAACAGGGGAGAAUUCGCUGGGAGAAAUUACAUAAUAUAUUUUUUAUUUCGCCGUCAAGGGGGUAGCACAGACCUCCCCCAGUGCGAGUGAGCGUGUGAGACGUGAACCGGGGCAAUGUUCUACGCCCACUUUGUCCUGAGUAAACGUGGGCCGCUAGCCAAGAUCUGGCUGGCGGCCCACUGGGACAAGAAGCUGACCAAGGCCCACGUGUUUGAAUGCAACCUGGAGAGUAGCGUGGAGAGCAUCAUCUGUCCCAAGGUGAAGAUGGCUCUGCGGACAUCGGGUCACCUUCUUCUGGGCGUGGUGAGGAUCUACCACAGGAAGGCCAAGUACCUGCUGGCUGACUGUAACGAGGCUUUCAUCAAGAUCAAAAUGGCUUUCAGACCAGGUGUGGUGGAUCUGCCCGAGGAGAACAGAGAGGCUGCCUACAACGCCAUCACCCUCCCCGAGGAGUUCCAUGACUUCGACCAACCCCUGCCUGACCUAGAUGACAUCGACGUGGCCCAGCAGUUUACCCUGAACCAGAGCAGAGUUGAGGAGAUUACAAUGAGGGAAGAUGUAGGCAACCUCAGCCUAAUGCAGGACAAUGACUUUGCGGACUUUGGUAUGGACGACCGCGAGAUGAUGCGCGACGCCAGUGCGUUCGAGGAGGACAUCAUGCACGGCCCCACAGAGUCCAACCUGCUCCUGGAGUCGGAGCCCGGUCCCGCCGUCCUCCCUGAGAAGUCGAACCCCAUGGAGUACGACGACUUUGGCGACAACCCGAUGGGCAACAGUGACGGCGGCAUGUUGGUGGACAAACUGCUGAGUAACGAGGAUGGUGGCGGUAUCUUCGACGACCCUCCGGCCAUCACUGAGAGCGUCCUGAUGCCCCCGGACCACGGAGACGACGAGGACGACUUUGACAACCUCCAGUCACCGGGGCCAGACAGCCCUGACUCAGGACCCGUAGAGCCCCUGCCAGCCAUGGCCGAUCAGACAGAGCAGACCACCCUGGUACCCAACGAGGAGGAGGCCUUCGCUCUGGAGCCCAUCGACAUUACUGUGAAAGAGACCAAGGCGAAGCGCAAGAGGAAGCUGAUUGUGGACAGCGUCAAGGAGCUGGACAGCAAGACCAUCCGCGCCCAGCUGUCUGACUACUCCGACAUCGUCACAACCCUGGACCUGGCCCCGCCCACCAAGAAGCUGAUGAUGUGGAAGGAGACCGGUGGUGUGGAGAAGCUCUUCUCCCUCCCGGCACAGCCCCUCUGGAACCCAAGGCUGCUUAAGAUGUUCACGCGCUGCUUGACACCCCUGGUGCCAGACGAGCUGAGGAAGAGGAGGAAGGGCGGCGAGGCCGACAGUCUCGAUGAGUUCCUUAAGGAGCUGGAGAACCCUGAGGUGCCACGUGAGGACAUCAUGAGUCAGCACAGAGAUGUCAUCGACCAGACUAUCACGGAGGAGCCCAGUAUUCUCGGAGCCUCGGCGAUCGAGGGCAGCCGGACCACCCUGGACGAGACCGUCAUGCCCCCUCCCGCCACCCCCCGGGGGGUCAAGCGCAAGGCAGCCGACAAGGAGGCCGCCCUCCCUAUCGCUCCCUUGGAGCCCGUUGCUGCAGCAGCAGCAGCAGCAGCAGCAGCAGCAGCAGCCGCAGCCGACCGCCUGGCACUGACCCAGAGGUUGGACAUGUCCGUGGUGGACCUUCCCCCUGAGGAGCCCAGCCUCAACCUCACCCAGCUGGUCCCAGAGCUGGACCUCAUCAGCGAGAAGGACAAGGACAAGAAGGACAGUGACGAGGAGGAGGAGGAUGAGGAAGGCCAGGGUACAGAUCAGGAUCAGGAGGAGAAGAGAUGGAACAAGAGAACCCAACAGAUGCUCCAUGGUAUUCAGCGCGUCAUGGCAAAGACCGGCGCCGACUCGGUCAGCCUGCUGGAGCUCUGCCGGAGCAACAACAGGAAGCAGGCCGCAGCCAAGUUCUACAGCUUCCUGGUGCUGAAGAAGCAGCAGGCCAUCGAGAUCACCCAGACGGAGCCCUACAGCGACAUCGUCGCCUGCGCCGGAGCAAGAUUCCACCUCAUUUAAACAUUGAAAGAACCGAAUGGACGUUUUGCCUGCAACAUUACAUUAUGUUUUGAUAUUUUUAAAUCACUGAACUGUUGUCUUAUAUUUUUUAUUUUGUUCUUUUUUUUUUUGGAAAGGGAGGGGAUAGGGUCAGGGACAGUUUUAAAAAGGAUUAAACAGUACUACUACAAAAUGAAUCAUGCAGUAUUCGUUUGGUUUCUUAAACGGGAGUGUAAGAGAGUAAGAAUGUCUAUCACUAUAUUUAUGACAUGCCCCUUUUCAUUCAGUCGACCCCUGUGUACUUUUCGCAUCGAAACAUAGUUCCCACCUAAUCUGUUUCCACAAAUUUGUCCCACUUGUGCAUAAACAUGAAGCCUUCCUGAAAUGUGUCAGAUCCUAGAGGCUGUGCCCCUUGUUUGAAAGGAAUUUAAAUGAACACUGUAAAUGUGGUGGAAAGGUACUGUCGUUUUCUCUUUUUUCAUAAAAUCGA